AUGAAGGUGGGCGUUGAACGCGGCGGCGGCGGCGGCGCGAACGCGGACUGGAUGGGCGCGCUCAGCCCGGCGCUCACCUGUAUGCCUCUGAAGUAUCUGGCGGUGCCAGGGUCACAUGACUCGUUCAGCUUCUGGGUGGACGUGAAGGCUCCGGUGGGGCCUGACCAGAUGGCCCUGGUGAAGCACCUGGCGCAGGUGUUCCGUCUGCUGGCCAAGAAGGUGAUGAGGAAGUGGUCCAUGACCCAGAACCUGACCUUCCCGGAGCAGCUGGAGGGAGGCAUUCGAUACUUCGACCUGCGGGUGUCGUCUAAGCCAGGCGAGCCGGGCCACGAGAUCUACUUCAUUCACGGCCUCUUCGGGCACCGGGUGCGAGACGGGCUCAGCGACAUCAACAGCUUCCUGGAGGCCCACCCGCAGGAGGUGGUGUUCCUGGACUUCAACCAUCACUACGCCAUGAGCGCCGAGCACCACCGCUACCUCAUCGCCCUGCUACAGCAGGUGUUCGGCAGCAAGCUGUGCAAGCCCCACCCUGUGGAGGACGUCACGCUUGACUUCCUGUGGGAGAGGAAGUACCAGGUGCUGGUGUUCUACCACCACCCCUCGGCUGAGGAGUGCCCCCUCCUGUGGCCGGGCAGUCGGAUCCCGGCGCCCUGGGCCAACACCACAGACCCCAGCAAGCUGAUCCAGUUCCUGGAGACCACGCUGCAGGAACGGGCCGAACAUGGUGCUUUCCACGUGUCCCAGGCCAUCCUCACCCCCCGGGUCAGAACCGUCGCCCGCGGGCUCGUCAAGGGCCUCCGCAACCACCUGGUGGAGAGGAACCUGCCCACCAUCAUGACCUGGGUGGAGGCCCAGAAGCCAGGGGUCGACGGGGUCAACAUCAUCACCUCCGACUUCGUGGACCUAGUGGACUUCGCCAGCACCGUCAUUAAGCUCAACAACCUGCUGCUUCCGGACCGAGCGGUCAGGUGA